AGACACUGGCUGGAAUGCAGUUUUAACCAAUAAACAUUCUGUAUUAGACCCACCCAUUGUAUAAAGUGGGCUAGUACAGUAGGCUAUGGUGAGUACUAUAGCGUCAUAAGCAAUAGCAUGUGAUGGAGUUUCAUACAUUGUGAUUGGAGGAUAGAUGUGAGGGUUGUUGAAUCAGGAUCAAAUUGUCUGUUCUCCAUUCUGUUUAAUAUGACAUGGAGUGGCCUGAUAACUAAAUAUUUCUCUCACACUAAAGUAGCUUCAUAGGUGUGGCCACAUCACUCAUGGAGUCCCUGUUUUGGGGAGGGAGGGGUGUAUGACUUUUAAUCAUGGCAGACCAUGUUGAACCGAACCUUGUUUUCACUUUGCUGUGACACAAAAGGUUGUCCCACAGUAGAUGCUUGUCAUUCACUUAUCUAACACAGAGGUAGAACAUACAGUGCAGCCCUACAGACUACUACAGAUCAUCGGUUGAAUUACACAAGAAGCCUCACAACAUCACAACAAAGAGAAAGAGCUUAAAAGCCCCCCUUCAUUUUCCUGGAGAUGUUGAGAAGAAGAGCAGCCCGGUCAUCUGGACCAGAGCCUGAAUCUCUUGACUGCCCCCCCUGAAACUCCUGACAACAGAGUGAUGAGAGACUCCCCCACAGCCCCACUGACUGACAGAACAGACCAGGGGGUGGAGGAUCACACAGACAACUUGUCUCCAAUAGAUCAAAUGGCUGACAUGCACCAAACCAGGAGUCAGAAAUGGAAAGUGGUUUUGAUCAUCCUGUGUCUGUCUGUCACAGUAUCUGUCACACUGUCUUCCCCAUUGGUGACUUUCAGGACCAACUCUACUCAAGCUCACUCCCUUCCUCCCCCUGUUCCCUCUACCUGCCCUCUUCACACAGCCAAUGAGACUAUAACACCAGUCAAGGGUUCAACUCAUCUAAUGGUGUCUGCAUACCAGGACCACAGGGAAAUGGGAGCCACGCGCAUCAUUGCCAUGGUCAACAGAGACCGACCCAUGUCUCUGUACUGUGUGUUGUGCUGCUCAGGACACGCCCCCCAGGUCGCUCCAGCUGCUGUCGUAAUGCACAGCGUCCACUAUGGUUACCCGUAUGUGGCCGCAGACAUGCUUUGCCUCGAAGAACCAGGAUGCAACGCCACACACGUCACUCUUGGCACAUCCCUCGACAUCCAGGACACCCUCAACCAGACAUUUCUGAGCAUCCAGAACCGGGAGAGACGGGAGGAGGACUUCCCCUUUUACCUCACCGUGUGCAUGUCCAGCAUGUUUGGAGACUACAACAACGUCCAACAGUUUGUCCAGACCAUGGAGUUUUACAAGCUCCUGGGGGUGCGGAGGGUUGUCCUCUACCUCACCAGCUGUGGACCUGACCUGGAGAAGGUCCUCCAGUACUACGCAGAGGAGGGCACUCUGGAGGUGAUUGGCUGGCCCAUCAACCACUUCCUCAAGCCCUCUACUGGGUGGAAGGCCCAGGAGCUGGAAGGGGAUAUUCACCUCAACGGCCAGCUGACCAUCAUGAACGAGUGCAUCUACAGGAACAUGUACAGGUCACGGUACGUCCUCCUGGCUGACGUUGAUCAGCUCCUGGUCCCGGCCUCACACAGCUCUCUUCUGCCCCUCAUGGAGGACCUGCAGAGGCAGCACCCCGAGGCAGCCGUGUUCCUGAUGGAGACGCACCACUUCCCUGCCACAGCCGGUACUGCUAUGCAAGACCAUUCCGCACGGAGAAGGGCGCCGGGGGUGGAUCUGCUGGACUACGUCUACAGAGAGCUUGUUCCUGAAGACGCCUUCCGCUCCUACAAGAUGGUGGUCAACCCCCGUCUGGUGCUGCAGACGGCCAUGUUUGAGGUGACACAGAGCUAUGGGGACUCUGUCAGGGUUCCGUCCGACGUGUGUAAGAUCAUGCAGGUGAAAGAGGCUCAGAGAGAAAGCUGGACCAAUGAGCAGCUGAUCCUCGACAGAAGGCUCUGGGAAUUUGGAGAUUAUCUUGUGCCCUCAGUCGAUGAAGUUUUACAUAAAUUAGGAAUUCAGACAUCUCCUUGGGAGCGUGUAGUACUGUAGUUGGUUAAAAGCUUUCCAAUGUUUUUCAUUUGAUAGAGAUGAGAGAAACAGUGAAUGAACUGUUACCUGCCUCUGAUCUUCAGUUUAUGUUGUUCCACUUAAC